CUCCUCCUCCUCUGCUUCCCCGCCGAAACCAAAAAACCCUCGUUCCCCACUCUCCUCUGGAUUGCCCUCCUCCUCCCUCGGCGGUUUGUUCAUCGCCUCUGCUGAAAAAUCAAACCCAAAACCAAGAAAGGGGGGAAAAUGGCUGAAGCCAACUCGUACGAGGAGCAGCGCAGGAGGCAGGUGGAGGAGAACAAGCGGAAGCUGGAGGAGCUGCGCCUGCACCACCUCUCCGCCGCCGUCCGCGAGGCCGCCGUCAAGCCCAGGCUGAAGAGGAAGGCCCCGAAGCCACGGGACGCCGCCGAUGACGCCCCGCCCCGGCGUUCCGGCCGUAUCGCCACCCUCCCCGAGCAGCCCGACUAUCGCGACAAUGUAAAGCUGGGCACCAGGAAACCAUGGCAGCAGAAGGAAGUAAAGCCUGAUCAUGCGUACGCCAUCGCCAAGGCCGAAGAGCUACAGGAUGAGCUAGGCUCCGACUACCCCACCUUUGUCAAACCCAUGCCCCAGUCUCUUACCUCGCUGCAUAUCCCGGCACAGUUCAGCAUGGAGCAUCUCCCCGACCAUGGCAUGAGAAUGGUUUUGGUGGAUGAGGAGGAGGAGGAGUUUAAGGUGUGCUACCGUCCACACAGUAGCAGUCUUGUCGCCGGGUGGAGUGAGUUUGCCGUCGACAAUGAGCUGGUUGAAGGUGAUUGCUUGGUGUUCCAGCUGAUCAAGAGGGCAUUGUUCAAGGUCUACAUAUUCAGGGCAAGUUCGUACUAUGAAAAUGACCAUUAAUGAAGCAGCCGGCAGGCUCCUGGUUGCUUCAUGUCAACUUCUCUUGAACUUCCACAGUUCAGAAAUCCGCACUAUGUCAGGGGUUAGUUAUGUAUGUAUGGCAACUGUCAGGCAUUAUUAGAAUCUCUCGUGUGGCUGCAAGUCGUAUGGUAACUGCCGGCAUCUUGUAAAGUUUGUCCUGUGACGGCAGGUGCGAAACUUGACAUGUGAUCUCCAUCAUGAUUGAUAUCCCUUCGAUUCCUUCUGUGGACGAACAGUUUAA